UUGGAGCAUAGUAUUGGACAUUUUAUAGGUGUUUAAAUAUGAUUAUGGAUAACAUUAAGUUUUAAAUUAUAUUGUAGAAAUAGUAUAAAUAAAUUUGCAUGCAACGAACUUGGAUCAUAUUAUAUUGUGUUAAACACAAAAAUAUAGUUGGGAGAAGCAAAUCAAAUUAAAUUUUAAUUUCUUCUGACACAUAUAAACAUAAAUCGUUAUAAAUUUCCAGCCUUUUAUGAAAAAGUAAAAGCUCCGUUAAAAAAAUCAAUACAAAAGCAAUCCAUAGACAAUCGUCACGAAUUCAAUGGUUAUUUUUACCUGUGACUUCGGUCGUUCAACUUAACGCGGGAAUUUUGUAAUUCGAUGUAAUUCGAGUGAAUUUUGUACGUGUGUCUGUUGUGUGAUAUUUUAAUGUAAAUUAGAUUAUUACGAACCGAUAUGAUUGAGCAAGCACUAGACGAUAAUAUAUCUGAAAAUGAUGAGGAAGAAAGCUUUUUCCAAGAUGUAGACUUAUUACAAAAGCACGGUAUUAAUGUGGCUGAUAUAAAGAAAUUAAAAGGAGCCGGAAUAUGUACAAUAAAAGGGAUACAGAUGUCUACUAAAAAGAAAUUGUGUAAUAUAAAAGGAUUUUCUGAUACUAAAGUAGAGAAAAUAAAAGAAGCUUGUCAAAAACUUGUUAGUCUCGGUUUUAUGACUGCGUUAGAAGUCAGUGAUAGAAGGAAACAAGUUUUUAAAAUUAGUACUGGAAGUAUUGAGUUAGACAAGUUGUUGGCGGGUGGCAUUGAAUCGAUGGCCAUAACAGAAGUGUUUGGCGAAUUUCGCACGGGAAAAACUCAACUCUCUCAUACCCUUUGUGUGACCACACAAAUACCAAACUCAACGGGUUAUCACGGUGGGAAAGUAAUGUUUCUUGAUACUGAACAUACUUUCCGGCCGGACAGGCUGAGGCCAAUUGCAGACAGAUUCAAUUUAGAUCAAAGUGCAGUACUAGAUAACGUUUUGUAUGCCAGAGCUUACACAUCAGAACAUCAGGCGGAACUACUAGACUUUGUGGCAGCUAAGUUCCAUGAAGAAGCUGGUGUAUUCAAGCUGCUCAUUAUAGACUCCAUAAUGGCUCUGUUUAGAGUCGACUUCUCUGGACGCGGUGAAUUGGCUGACAGGCAACAAAAGCUGGCCCAAGUAUUGUCACGACUACAAAAAAUAUCUGAAGAAUACAACGUGGCUGUCUUCAUUACGAAUCAAAUGACAUCUGACCCUGGGGCGACCUUGUCGUUUCAAGCUGAUCCUAAGAAACCCAUUGGGGGCAACAUCCUAGCACACGCUUCCACCACAAGGAUUUCACUCAGGAAGGGACGGGGAGAAAACCGAAUCGCUAAAAUAUACGACUCGCCGGACUUACCGGAAAGUGAAGCUACUUUCGCCAUUACCAACGGCGGUGUGGCUGAUGCAAAAGACUAAAUGCACUUAUUUACAUGUUGAUUA